AUGGCUUCCACUAUAGCUUCUCCUGUACCUUUGCGUUUCGACCAAAGUCAACAUAUGGGCAACGACGUGCACUCAGCAGAACCUGGACGCGACACGCCGCUUCCGCAGUAUGAAAAGACACAGUCCGUUCCAUUCACCUUGAAUCUUCAAGAGGACGCACGUAAUCCUGGCCAGUUCCAGCUCGUGGUUAACAUCAGCCCGAAGCAUCAAACAGCCACUGGGCUACCUCUGAACCUUGCUACUCCUCACAAUCUGCACACACCUAAAAAUGAGGUGUCAAAGCCGAUUUUGAAUGCUCAGACACUCUAUCAAACACAAAAGUCUAGUCCUCCUACCACCCCGCUCCAAGACAAGCAAGGCUGGUCAGAUCUGGAUGCUGUCCCAUCCGAGUUUCUCCAAAAGGUCGUGCCAGAUUGGAAUGUUACCUUCUCGCGGAGCGACUCGACAGCGUCCACGCAAUCCAAAAGAUUGGCUGAUAUCAAAGCCAAGAUUAAAAAGAAAGGGAAAGGGUAUGUAGUGCGAUUGCUGAAAGGAUCCACAGGAGACCCCUCCAACGAGAUCGAGGUGGACCUUGGUCAACAACACACUGCAGCGGAGACUACUAUCUCCACCUCACACGAGCUAGACUCUUCAGAUCUGCGAGCUGAACUUGACUCUACUCAGACUAUCAUUCCAUCUACAGACGAUAGCGUCAUUGGGCGCCCUGAUGUGUAUGAAAUCGGAACCUCGAACGAACCUGGUAUGCAGCAAUGGCAGUCCCCUGCGAUCCCCUCGAGGUUUCCGAUCGGUACAUCAUCUCGCAGGCACACAGCUGUUGAUGUGCUAUCGGCUGGCUCGAUAGCCGAAGAGAGUCUGAGUGAUGCUGAAACCCUGAUUCCGGAUGUCCAAUCGAUAAGUGGUCGAAUAGAUGAAGAUCAGACAGACACAGAGUUCUCCCCCAGAACCAGCGUCGUUCAGCCAACGAGAUCAGACUCGGUGUUUAGUAUAGUCAAAACUCCAACCCGCGGUUUGUCAGUCGUAGGACCAGUGCGAAGAGUGGAGAAAACCAACCGUGCUCGCACAAAGAGUAAGACGACGCACCUAGAGCUCAAUCGUUCUGAUGCCCACAAAUCUGUCAAACGUCGAUCUCCACGCAAUUCGACAUCGAACUUUGCAACUGGAGUCUCAUUUGCAGAGGCUCAUGUAGAUUCAUCAACGUUGCGGGAGCGUGUCCGACCAAUAGCUCGCCGCUCGCCCGAACAAGACCUUGCUCCGGCUGAGUAUAGCACAUGGCAGCAUCCAACGCGGAACGUAAAAGUAGUCAAGCCUGGGCAUUCGCGUCGGUUGUCGGUAGAUGAUCUACAGGUCUUAGGGACGAAGGGAAACCUGCGGUUGCAGACAAAUAUACCGAGACCCAAGUCCACAAAUGUUUCGCCGGUCGUGCGUAGGAAGAAGUCCCCGAGGACGCACCAACCAGUAUUGUCUUCACGCUCUUCCGACGAUUCCAUAGACAAUACUGAGCAACCGAAUUCAUCGCCAGAGUGGUCCGAAGUGGAUCCGUCAGUCGAGCUUCGGGAAGCUCUAGGAAGGGCGUUUACGUCUGCGGUCGAUAUUGCCGAUGACGUGGAAGAGAGCUUUGAAGAGAUAUCUAUACCACGGAUAGUUGAGCCGGUAGAUGAAAGCCAGAUUGGUGAAAUCCCCUUUCCAUCUGAAGUCGAAAUCAGGUCUGCCCCUAUCAGUGUUCGAAGUCCAACUUUGAAGUUCUGGGGUCUUGCUAUCAGCGCCUUAUCAGAGAAAGCUUACAAAGGUUUAAAAGUCCUGGGCGACCUAUACGGUACCGAGCCACCUGUGCCACCAGGGCAUGUUCGUGUUCGAUGGACUUGUUCCUGUGGAGAGCCUUUGUACGAUGAUUUCAUCGAGACGCGACCAAACGCUGCUCGCCUCCUAGAGGCUUAUCUAAAUCGCCCAAGAACCCAUACCCCUAGAAGCCCUACAAGUCAGAGCAGUUCUGCAUCUUCCAUGGCGUCCAUCUUUGAUGCAUCUAGUAGAGCAUCUACCCUAGCGACCCCUUCGUCAACCUAUGGUAGUCCAUCCCCCUGGGGCAAGCAUUUGGACUCAUCGAAGUACAGUCCAACACGCCUACGUACCAACAGCCCAUUCAGUGUGCGGAUGCCAACUCGCGCAGAAGAGGCGUGGCUCUUGACGUGUGCAAAUGAGGGCAGGCUUACUCCCAAGAUCGUACACCUUGACGUGAACGACGUUCGGAUCAAGAGUGACAAGGACCUCGCUCUUGCACUGCGUGAACACUAUGAUCAGCUCAACCGCCGCUGGUUCAACUGGGCUCGCCUUCGCGGAUUGACAACGAUCGAGUUCGUCCAGUUUGAAGUGCACCGUAAUCGCUUCGCAGACAUUCGCGCAACGCCUUCCAUGCCCCCGAACUCUGCUUCCCCUCCAGCAUCAACGCCUGAUCCUGAGAAGCCCCAAGCUCCAUCUCGACACCCUUAUACGUUCGAACCUAUCGACCUACUUCCACCUGUGGGCAGCACCUACCUGCUUCACUUGUUCAAGCAUCCGAACGACUACGACGGCGAACUCGUUACGUAUCUCCGUAGUCCCAAAAGGCGCGAACGACUAGGAUUCGGUAUGGGCUGGGGCAUCAAUCUGGUUGAAGGCUUCCUAGCGCAGCGGGUUUGGAUGGUCGUGAUGGGAAUCUGCGGAUUGGGGAGCGUAGCGUUUGCCGUAAUGUGGACGGUCAAGAAGAACGACGUGCAGGGUGCGUUCGGUGUCGCUCAGUGGGUGCUAGGCUUUGCAGUGCUGUUGGUGGGUGGAAUACAAGCAUGGUUGGAGUAG